CUCCCUCCCUCGCUCCCCUUCGACUACCACCGCGCCAUCCCUCGCUCGCGCUCUCCCUCGCGGUGGUGGAGGCGCGCGUAGUCGGCAGUGAACGGACCAACGCGAACCUCGCGCCGAGGCUCCUGGUAACCGAGGCUCACUUCCACCCGGGAUAAAUUCCGCAGGGAGAGAACUUCUGGGCGCUGCACCGACUGCGACGAUGGCCGUUCAGCUGCUGGUGAACACGUGCGUGGCGUUUCUCAUCGUCUCGCUCGCAGGAGUGAGCUGUGAUGAGGUGGUCCUGGCGCUGCUGGGGGAGACGGUGCAGAUCAACUGCGACUCCCCGCGGGGAGCACAGCCCAAGCCGCGCGACGGGGCCGCCGUCGAGUGGUUUGUCGAGCGGGCGGGCAGGCGGUCGGCAGUGUUCACGCGCGACGAGCGCACGGGGCAGCUGUGGCCGGCGCCCGCAUUCGAGGGCCGCGUGGAGCUGGGCGGCGACACGGCCCUGACGCUGCAGGGCGUGCAGCUGCAGGACCGGACGACGUUCGUGUGCGUCUCGCACGACGGCGAGCUGAAGACGAUGCUCGAGGUCUACGCGUUCCCGGAGAAGCUGGUGAUCACCAGGAAUCCCUCCUCCGUUGUCCUGGGCUUGGGCAAGCAGCUGAUUGGCACGUGCAUCUCGAGCGGCGGCUACCCCGAGGCCAACCUGACGUGGUACAAGAACAGCCAGGCCCUGCUCAACAAGACUCCGCAGAAUGUGCGCGUGGAUGAGCACGUGGUGCGCGAGUCGAGCGGCCUAUUCUCGGUGACGGUGCACCUCUUCUACAAGCCCACGAUGGAGGACAAGCAGGCGUCGUUCCACUGCGAGGUCCAGUACCGCCAGCCGGGGGGGCAGCUCGGCCGCAUGAAGUCUGACGACAUCCAGAUCCUGCUCACCUACCCGUCGGAGCACGUCAAUCUGACCAUCGAGUCGCCGCUCACGCCCAUCAAACAGGGCGACAAGGUCACCCUCAAGUGCUCCGUGGACGGCACCUCGGAGCCCGAGUUCACCUUCCAGAGAGUUCAGAAGAACGGCAGCGUGGAGGACCUGCACAUCGGCGCCGAGUCCACGUUCACCCUGAGCGGCGUCACGCGCGAUCACAGCGGCCUCUACCGCUGCACCACGUUCGACUUCGACCAGCCGCAGGCCGACAUGCUGACGGCCGACACCUACGUCGAGGUCAACUGGAUCGAGAACGUGACGGUGACCCCGGCGGGGAACCACACGGUCACUGUGGGGACCUCGCUGGCCGUGGUGUGCGGCGGCCGCUCCGAGAAACCGCUCUCCAUCUCAUGGACCAAGGACGGGAAGCGCCUCGCCCAGGGCGGCCAGCUGCAGCUGUCGGCCGUCACCUUCGGCAGCAGCGGCACCUACGCGUGCGAGGUGUCCAUGCCCAGCGUGCCGGGCCUGAGCGUGAGCCGCCUCGUCCAUGUCAGCGUGGAAGGGGAGCCGCGGGUGACGCUCUCAGACGUGCUGGUGGAGCCCGAGCGGCUGACCUUGGUGUGCACGGCCACGGGGAACCCCCUGCCCGAGAUCAAGUGGAGCGUGCCGCAGACGCCCGUGGAGGUUCGAGUCAAGCCCUGGGAGCUGCAGAGCUCCGUGGUGCUGCCCCGUGGCGCCACGCAGCAGGCGAUGGCGACGUGCACGGCUCGCAACGCACACGGCUCCGCCAAGAGGGCGCUGCAUGGCCCCACGGUGCCGCCGCCCGUCAGCGAGAGCCCCCCUCCGUCUCCCCACGCCUCGGCCACCAACACGAGCAGCAAGACGGUGAUCAUCGCCAUCAUCAUCGCGCUGGGCGUCUUAUUCCUCGUCUGCGCCCUCAUCUUCUGCCUCUGCAAGAAGUACAACCUCUGUUUCAAGAAUCGGUACAGCCCGACACGGAAACAAACGCAGAGCUCUGUGGGGUCGUCACCCGACACGUACAUGGCGCCCCCCGACCAGGACCUCAAGGCCUAAUCGCGACCUCUCCAGGGAUCGUCGGCAGGGACCCCACGGGUCAUCGCGGGCGUAACCAUCGCAAGAUCGGAAUCAAGUCGCUUUCUGGGAAAUCCUACUGUAUUAUACGCUUGUCGUCAUUGCUCAGCAAUUGCCUGUCCGCCUAAAAAAAAAAACAGAUCUCUAUUCUAUAUCCUCCUACGACAGUUGUAAAUGAGAUCGGUGCGCCGAUGUGACAUGUACAGAUUACACGACUGGCCAAGUGA